AUCAUCCAAUUCGUUUGUUGAAUCAAUAUCUAAAUACCGACUUAUAUGUGGUGUAUGUGUGUAUACAAGAAAGAAAACCAUAUCGCCGGCCGUAAUGAACAAUUUGCCAAAAUUAUAUCCAAGAAAGAAAGAAAGAAAUUUCAUGAAAUUUCCAAAUGAAAAAAAAUACGACAUAUGUGCGUGUUGUUACCAUGACAAAAAGAAAAAAAAUACCAGUGGCAACGAAAAAAAAAGAAAAAGAUUACUGCGAUUAUUAUUCAUGCUCUGUCUUGGUUGUUUUUUUUAUACCGGUUUAUUCCAAUUCUAUAGUUUCAGAAUAUUUUCUUAUACAUUUUUUUUGUUGUUGUUUGCCGUGAAAUUUCGGUCCAUAUCUUACAGUGUGUGAUCCAUGUAUAGUUAUGUGUAUUUGUAUGUUCUUGAAAAAUUAUUGUUAUCUAACUUUAAAGAAUUUCAAAUUCAUUCAAGCGGAAAUUGUUUACCCAUUUACGUCAACAAUCUUGUGUGCAUGUCUUUUAUCUUGUACCAAUAUUUAUUAAUGAAUGAAUGAAUGAAUGAGAGAAAAAAAUUAUUUAAAAAACAUUUUAAUCGAUCCAAUCGAAAGAAUAUAUUCAGCCAAUUGAUUGAUAUUAUUCUGAAGUGAGAAUUUUUUUUUAUUCCAUACAACACGCUAAAUUUGCCGUGCAAGAAAUUAGAGGGCGCCGUGCACACUGGCCAUGCCGUAAACAUGCAAUUCGUAAACAAUUGAAUCGUAAUCGUAUGUGUUAUAAAGCAAAUGAUGAUGUGUUAUGUUUUGUUAUAGCUGAUAAUCAACAACAAGAUGGGCAAGAAAAAUAAAAAAAAUCUGAGCAAUGGACUCAGUAAAUCCGAAUUGAUGGUAACCGUUGUUGCCGAAAUUAUUGCUGAACUAAUCAAAGCUGAUCGAGAAGGUUAUUCUGUUGAUUUAAAUCGUCUGAAAUGUAUGUUUUCACAAAAAUAUGGUCUUGGUUCGCAGCCACGUUUAGUCGAUAUAAUUGCUGCCGUUCCACAUGAACAUCGUCAGACAUUAUUACCAAAAUUACGUGCUAAACCUGUGCGUACAGCAUCAGGAAUUGCAGUCGUUGCUGUUAUGUGCAAACCUCAUCGAUGCCCACAUAUAAACAUGACUGGAAAUAUUUGUGUUUAUUGUCCAGGUGGUCCAGAUUCUGAUUUUGAAUAUUCAACCCAAAGUUACACCGGUUAUGAACCAACAUCAAUGAGAGCGAUUCGUGCUCGUUACGAUCCAUAUCAACAGACUCGUAGUCGAGUUGAUCAACUUCGACAACUAGGACAUUCUGUGGAUAAAGUGGAAUUCAUUGUAAUGGGAGGUACAUUCAUGUCGUUGCCAGCUGAUUAUCGUGACUAUUUCAUACGAAAUCUUCACGAUGCUUUAUCAGGACAUCAGAGUAAAUCAGUAGAUGAAGCAGUACGAUAUUCUGAAGAAUCAAAAACCAAAUGCAUUGGAAUCACAAUUGAAACUCGACCGGAUUAUUGUUUAAAACGACAUCUUUCUGACAUGCUGUCUUAUGGUUGUACUCGAUUAGAAAUUGGUGUACAAUCAGUGUAUGAAGAUGUAGCUCGUGAUACUAAUCGUGGUCAUACAGUCAAAGCUGUACAAGAAUCUUUCUGUUUAGCCAAAGAUUGUGGCUACAAAGUGGUCGCUCAUAUGAUGCCGAAUUUACCCAAUGUGCCUUUGGAUCGUGAUUUAGCUCAAUUCGAAGAAUUUUUUGAGAAUCCCGAUUUCCGUGCUGAUGGCUUGAAAAUCUAUCCAACAUUGGUCAUUCGUGGAACCGGCCUCUACGAACUAUGGAAAACCGGUCGAUAUCGUUCAUAUCCACCAUCAGUUCUAGUCGAUCUGUUGGCACAGAUUUUGGCCAUGGUACCACCAUGGACACGAGUUUAUCGUGUUCAACGAGACAUUCCUAUGCCAUUGGUCACAUCUGGUGUUGAACAUGGCAACAUUAGAGAAUUAGCGUUAGCUCGAAUGCGUGAACUAGGUACGAAAUGUAAAGAUGUUCGAACUAGAGAAGUUGGAAUCCAGGAAAUUCAUCACAAAGUUCGUCCUGAGCAAAUAGAACUUAUAAGACGCGAUUACUAUGGUAAUGGCGGAUGGGAGACUUUUCUUUCUUACGAAGACGUCGAACAAGAUAUUUUAGUUGGUUUACUUCGUCUUCGUAAAUGUUCAAUGCAAACAUUUCGACCAGAAUUGAAAAUAACGCAGCCAGAAAACAAAAAUCGAUUUGGAUUGCCACGAGGAUGUUCAAUCGUUCGUGAAUUACAUGUAUACGGAAGCGUUGUACCCGUUUCAUCUAAAGAUUUGAAAAAAUUUCAACAUCAAGGUUUCGGUAUGUUAUUGAUGGAAGAAGCGGAAAAAAUUGCUCAAUUUGAACAUAAUUCAUGCAAGAUAGCCGUUAUUUCAGGUGUUGGAACUCGUCAUUAUUAUCGAAAAUUGGGCUAUCAAUUAGAUGGCCCAUAUAUGUCCAAGUGUUUAUAAAUAAAUACAGUUUAAUAAACAAUUUAUUUGAUGUGGA